AGUCGAUUCCAUCGAUUUAUAUUCCUCGACUCAUCCAGCGUCAUACCUCGCUGCGCCCUCUUCACUCAAUCAGCCCAUCUUUCGCAUCAAAUACACCAUGAUCAUCGCGAACCACGUUCACGGCCGCGGCGACGGCUCCACCCUCUCCACGAACGGCUUCCACUUGCCACCCCUGAACUUCCUCCCUAGCGGCGGCGGCGGGCGAGGAGGUGGCGGCGUGAGUAGUUCGGGAGGAUCGCGCGGAGGCUCUUCCUCCUCUGGUUCAUCAUCGUCUGGCUCCAGCAGCGGGUCCUCCAGUGGAUAUCGUCCACCAGGCUCUUCAGGCGGCUCCAUCCCCUCGUCUUCUCGCUCGAGCGUAGGUACAUCUUACGGGAACGGCUAUACGGCUGGCUCGGUGGGCUCCUACUCGUCCGCGACAACAGCCAAUGGCGUCUCGCGCGGCUUCACACCUGCUGGGUCGGCUUUCGCUGGCCGAGCGCAGGGAGGGCUAGGAAGAGGGGACAUGUAUGGAUCGGGCAGGUACGGCAGUGGCUAUGGUGGGGGCUACGCCUCUCGAGGAGCAUUGGUCGGGGGCACCACGGCUGGAUUUGGCUUCCCCUUUGUUUAUUGGCCCCUGGCAUAUGGUGGCUAUGGAGCAGGUGGCUACUACGGUAGCGGCGCGUAUAAUCGAACAGAUCGGCCCGGGGGAAACAUUACAUCCUCUGUUUUGACCGUGCCCGCUGGUGUUGAUCAGCAAAGCAACAAUUUCAUGCUCUACGGCGACUACAAUUCAGUCGUUGUCGUCAAAAAGGAGCUCGCGACUGCAUGCGGCGUAGGCGAUCAAGAUCAGACCAACUUCACCGUCAAUCCCAACCAAGCCGUGCAGUACUAUCGUGCUUCAAGCUUCGCACUGCUGCUUGAUGGCUAUAACAAUUCUCAGCCCCUCGACGUACCUGCAGACAAUGCCACGACAGUAGACGUUCCCCUCACUCCCUUGCCCUCGACGGUCAACACAACCUACUUCAACUGCCUCAACGCUACACUCGGCAAGAGCCUGCCCUUGCCCUACGAAGACUCCGCUGGCGCUGAUGCUAGCGCGGCAAGCGCCAUGAUGGGGCACCCGAUGAUGGCGCUUCAAUCAGCUUGGGCUGCGAUGAUCUUGGUCGUGCUGGUGCAGCUGCUCGGACGAUAGCCGGAUGCGCACGGCUGGUGACGAGGUCGCUUCGGGUCAUGUACUAGAUACCACACAAUCAUAAUGACGUACGCCUCUGAU